AUGGAAUCACCACCAAGUGUUGUGACUGUGGCAGUACCGAUUACACAGCCCGAAGGGACAUUUACGUACAUCGCUGUUAAGGGUUCCUUGCAUGCAUCUGAUUCAGCUGUGUUUGGUUUGAAUGCCGACGAAGUGAAGGCCUUAUCGAAACGUUUCUCAAAUAGUACAACGGAAAUUGUGAAUGGUGUGAAUAUUAAGGGACCGCCGAUGAGUGUGAUAAAUUCAUUAAGUUUGUUGGGCUACAAGGUGGUCUGUUCAACUGGCGAAAUUGAAGUUGUAUGGACACUACAACGUGAAGUUUAA